AUAAGUGUUUAGACAGUCCUCGGGUUAAGUGUACAAAAUAUUGGUUUUAAAAAUAGAUUUGAGCAAAAAAAUGGAUUUGCCGAUAUUUUGGAUUUGUGCUGUGACCUUUGCAAUUCUUGGAUACUUCUGGGUGAAGAAGAAGUACUCCUUCUGGGAGAGACAUGGAUUCGUUUACGUGAAACCCACAUUUCCAUUAGGAAAUGCGUGGGGUGUCGGAUGGAAGAAGCAUAAUAGUGAAUUUUUCCAAGACCUAUACCGAGAGAUGAAGGGAAAAGACGUCAUUGGUGGAAUGUAUUUUUUAACAAGUCCUAGUGCAGUUGUACUAGAUUUGGAUUUUCUCAAAACCAUGCUCAUUAAGGAUUUUCAAUACUUCCACGAUAGAGGUCUUUAUAUUAAUGAACGAGAUGAUCCACUGUCAGGGAAUUUAUUUGCCCUGAGAGGGCAAAAAUGGAAAGUGAUGAGGGGCAAAUUGAGUCCUACUUUCACAUCUGGGAAGAUGAAGAUGAUGCACAGCACCAUAAUAGGAGUUGCCCUUGAAUUUCAAAAAGCUCUAGAGCCUCAUGCUCAAAGAGGUGAGGAAAUUGAGCUAAAAGACUUUCUCUCUCGCUUCACGACGGACGUGAUUGGGAAUUGUGCUUUUGGUAUUGAGUGCAACAGCCUAAAGGAUCCCGACACGGAAUUUCGCAGGAUUGGAAGAAAAAUAUUCGAUUUUCCACCCUUGGGAAUGCUUAAAGCAAUAUUUAUGACUAUUUUUCCCGAAGCAGCACGAACAUUAAGGCUGAAAUUUAAUAGCGACACCAUCACUAAUUUCUUUAUGAAUCUUCUACGGGAUACAAUUGACUACAGAGAAAAGAAUAACGUCAAGAGGAAUGAUUUUCUAUCCUUGAUGAUUCAAUUGAAAAAUACCGGAAAAUUGGAAGGAGACAACACAGAUUUGGGAAAAUUGACCUUUGAGGAACUAGCAGCUCAAACUUUUGUCUUCUUUGGUGCGGGAUUUGAAACAUCUUCAUCCACAAUGGCUUACACAUUGUACGAAUUGGCUCUAAAUCAGGACAUUCAAGACCGAGUCAGAGAGGAAGUGAACAGAGUAUUGGAAAAGCAUGGAGGGGAAUAUACCUACGAGGCUUGCAUGGAGCUCAAAUAUCUCGAAAGAGUUAUUCAGGAAACUUUGAGAAAAUAUCCAGUUGUUGACAACCUUAUCAGGCUCGUAACAAAUGAUUAUCAACUACCAGGAAGUGAUCGUGUAAUAAAGAAAGGUGUUGGCAUAGCUAUACCUGUCUAUGCAAUUCAUCGUGAUCCAGAAAUUUAUCCAAAUCCCGAGAGGUUUGAUCCAGAUCGUUUCACAGAGGAAAACAUUCAGAAUCGUCAUCCAAUGGCAUAUCUUCCCUUUGGUGAGGGUCCUCGUAUGUGUAUAGGAAUGAGAUUUGCUUUAAUGCAAACACGAGUCGGAUUGGCAACUUUAUUGAACAAAUAUAGAGUUCAAGUUACUCAGAAAACUCCAGUUCCAAUGACUUUAGCACCUAGUAACGCAUUUUUGUCACCCGUCGGUGGAAUGUGGUUGAGAAUUGAAAAAAUUUAAAUAUGUUGUUGUAUACCAAAAAAUCAGUCAUUUAAAUCAUUAUCUGUUCUAUAAAAAGUUGAUAUUGAUUUUUUUAAUAAAUUCUUUAACUGAAA